UUGUCAGUGGUGGUCACGUGACUUUUGCUGUGCGGUGCCAUAACGUCCAGCUGCUGGUGUCUAGUUGUCUACUUCCACUGUCACACAACUAGCUAGCACAUACUAACACAAUGGAUUUCAACGUGAAGAAAUUAGCCUGCGGUGCUGGAGUGUUUUUCACGCGAGCUGUCCAGUUCACAGAGGAGAAGUUGGGCCAGGCGGAGAAGACUGAGCUGGACGCUCACUUUGAAAACCUGAUGAGCCGCGCAGACUGCACCAAACUUUGGACUGAGAAAAUCUACAGACAGACUGAGGUCCUGCUGCAGCCCAACCCAAGUGCCAGGAUUGAAGAGUUUCUCUAUGAAAAGUUGGAUAGGAAGGCACCAUCCAGAAUUACCAAUGCAGAGCUGCUGGGUCAAUACAUGCAGGAUGCAGCAAAGGAAUUUGGUCCUGGAACUCCAUAUGGGAGCACUUUGAUUGAAGUCGGGGAAUGUGAGAGAAGAUUAGGAACAGCAGAGAGGGAGUUCCUCCAGACGUCCGCCAUCAGCUUUCUUACCCCUCUCAGGAACUUUCUGGAAGGAGACUGGAGGACAAUUUCGAAAGAACGACGCCUUCUGGAGAAUCUCCGCUUGGACCUGGAUUCCUGUAAAACGCGUCUGAAGAAGGCCAAGGUGGCUGAGGCUAAGGCUGCGACGGCUCCAGAUUUUCAGGAGACCAGACCACGUAACUACGUGCUUUCUGCCAGUGCCUCUGCGCUCUGGAGUGAGGAAGUGGAAAAAGCUGAACAUGAACUCCGAGUGGCUCAAACAGAGUUUGACCGCCAAGCAGAGGUCACACGGCUGCUGUUGGAAGGCAUCAGUAGUACUCAUGUGAACCACUUGCGCUGUCUGCAUGAGUUUGUGGAGGCCCAAGCAGCUUAUUAUAAGCAGUGUCAUUUCCACAUGCAAGAACUUCAGAAAGAGCUGGGAAGGCUUCCCAAUGCAUUUGCACUGAACUCCACUCAGUCCAUAGCUAUGGCUGACUCUGCAUCAGAGGGCAUCAGCAGCCCUGUGGAGACAGACACACUGAAAAUUGAAGAAGUUCAGGCACCAGCUACAGGAACACGCAAGGCCAAAGUCCUUUACGAUUAUGAUGCUGCUGACUCCAGUGAGCUCUCGCUUUUAGCUGACGAGGUCAUUACAGUUUACACAGUGCCAGGAAUGGACUCUGACUGGCUGAUUGGAGAGAGAGGAAACCAGAAAGGAAAAGUGCCUGUCACAUACCUGGAGCUUCUCAGCUAAAGAACACACAGCAUUGACAAACACAUGUGCAUGUGCAUGUGUGUGAGUGAUUACUACUAAAGCCAUGAGGAUAUUUCAUUCACUUCAUUCAAUUUCACACUCCCACACCAACCUGUAACCUUCAGCAGCAGUCCUCCACAGUAAGCAUUAGCUAAAGUGUUAAGUUAAACAGGCUCACUCAUCUAUCUCUGUGCUUCCCCAAACACACUGAAAUAUAUAUUAACACUGACAGCAGUCAUAAUGGAGACAUUGUGACAGUGAGUGCAGGAAAAUCCCCAUGGGAGAUGGUUAACAUUCCUUUUUAUUAUGAUAAUGAUUUUUUUCCUUUUUAUUUCCUAUUUAUUGUUUGCAUCCUAAUGUUUCAGGUAGACCUUCCACACUGUCUUCAGAGGGAUUUCAUCAAAAUUAUGUUGUUAAUUUGUCUUCAUUGUCUCUUAAAGCUGUUUCAUAGUUUGUCUUAAGAAGGCAGCAGUACAGAUAAAACAAACAUGCAAUAAUCAUGCCUCCUUGAGGUUAAAGGGGCGAUGACCAGUUACGAACAGUUUAUCUCUGUAUGACACACUCCUUAUUAAAGAAGAAGUGAAACUAAUUGAUGCAUCAGAUUCCCUGUAAUUACCAGCCAUGGCUGAAGAAAACCAUUCACGCCACUUUGUUUUAUUUUAAAGCCAUAAAUCAAACUGAAAGUUGUGACUGCUUCCCAUUUUUGCUGCAGAAAUGUGUUCUGUUCUUCUUUCUUCCAAUACGACAUGAAAAGACUUCCAUUUCUUGAGAGAUGUAUCUUUUUUUUUCUUAAGUCUUGACGCAACCAUUAAAUAUGACAAAGCAUUAAGUAAGCCAAUAGCAUCGGCUUACUGAAAAACAAUACAUAUAAAACAGCAGAUAAAGUUUUCGAUGAAUGUUUCAUCAGCCCAAACUCUUGGAAAGCAGAUUUGCCUUAACUGCUAAUUAAAAUGAAUGUUAUUCUUGUGUGAUUUAAGGCGACAGUCAUGAACGCAGUAUCUCAAGAACAUCUGAAGGGAAAUCCUUCAAAUUUGGCACAGAUGUUCACUUGGACUCUGUGAUGAUUUGAUUAGAUUUUGGUGAUCAAAGGUUAACAUCACUGUGACCUUGCAUCUCUCACAUAAUCAUAAAUGAGAUAUCUCAAGAAUACCUUGAGGGAAUUUCUUGAAAUCUGGCACAAACGUCCACUUGGACUCAAAUUUGAAGAAACUCCCUUGAACUAAUUAGAAUAUGGUGGUCAGGUCACUGUGACCUCACAAAACAUGGUUGUGGCCAUAGCUCAAGAAUUAAUGUAAUGAUGAAAAAAAUUUCACACAAAUGUCUAAUAGAAUAAAAUGGAGAAGUGAUGACAUUUUAUAUCAAAAAGGUCAAAGGUCAACUUCACUGUGACAUCAUAAUGUUCUGCAAAACACUUUUCUGGCCAUUACUUAACAUCAUAUCUCAGGAACAGAAGGGGAGACAUUUGGUCAGAUACUGAAUUGGCGACUCUAAUCUUGGGUGUCCACCUUCUUGAAACUGUGCUGAUUGUAUAGAUCUUCUGUGCUGCUGGGUUGAAGAUGUGUAUGAAGCAUCUAAAGCAUCCAUGAUUUCACAGAAAUGGAUGUGAACUGUCAAUGCAACUUCACUAGUGUGCGGAGGCAUACAGCCAGGGUCAGAAAUUAGCACCAGCCACCAGCCAAGUGCUGGUCAAAUAUGCAAGUGGCUGCUAGAUUUGCGUCACCCACCAGCCAAAAAAAACAAUGGUAAUCUAUUGAGUGGCUGGUAGAUUUGCGUCACCCACCAGCCAAAAAAAACAAUGGUAAUCUAUUGAGUGGCUGGUAGAUUUUUGGAAUCCACCAACCAAAGUGGCAGGUGGAUAAAAAGCCUUCUUUGCCUCUCCCAGCAAAGAAGAUGUCCCCUUGAACAAUAUGAACACCUGCACAACAAAUAAACAUGAACACUCCCAUCCUAACUGCCUUAAGAUGAUGGGAAGAAACUGCUAAGGCCAUCUGCUGCAAACCAGAGAAUGCGCUCUUCACAACAAAAUGUCCAGUGACCUAAUGUACACCACAUACAGCAUGCAGGACUCCUUUUAAUCAUGUGUGUGUGUUUGUGUGAUUUUGGUUUGCCCUUAUGUGUUGUUUGAAUUUACAAAGGUCCCGUUUGUCGCUGUUUUUGUCUGUUAAUACUUCAGAGUAUCUUCAGUCUGGAGCUGCAUGUGCUACAGCUAGCAGCCUGUCCAUGUGUGUGUGUAUAAGAGUAUAAGAUAUAGCUAAGUCUGUUUGUGUGAGAACUGGAGCAUCAAAAUGUUUGCACAAAAAGAAACUAAUGUGCUCUCACAUCCAUUAUGUGUACAUGCAUGCACUGUCAUUUUUUUUAACCAACCUCAGUUUUUGUGAAAUGAGUACAAUGUUUAAAAAUGCAACAAUCUGCUAGCAAAGGAGAAGUGAAAUUAACCUGAGACUCAAGCACAUAGUUUUCUUACGUCAGUGAGAGGCGAGAAUGUGGUCAAAUAAUUCUUGUUGGCAGAUGAAUGUAAUCCACGUCAUGUGUCCUGAUCUCUAGUCUUGUGCUCAUUUCACAAAUUUGUUGUUUUUUUUUUUUUUACUUAAACUGUUGUGUUAUACCUCAUCUUGUAUUAUUAUUGUCAUUAUUAUUAUUAUUAUAUAUUUUGUCAAAAUAUGUAUUGCCUGUUCCUUAACCAUGCUGAAUGAAUGAAAUGUAUGGGAUUAAUUUAA